UAACACCGCCCUUCCCUAUAAACCCUCUUUUGUUUAAAACCCCUCUCCUCACUUGAACCACAAGCAAUUCAUCCGGCAAUGGCGUUGGCCUCCAGACGCUGCCUGACGACGCUGACACGCCACGGCGCAUCCCUCCUCUCUCAUCAUCAGCGUCUCAAACCCCCGACUGCCUCUCGGUCGCUAUGCGACUCAUCCCUGAUCGAAAGGGACUCGGCCAUUCCCACUCAAUAUCGCCCUCGCUUUGAUCUCACUAUGGAAAUGGAAAAGGUUCUAAUGGGCUACAAAUUUAACGAACCUUUCGCGGUGGAGCUGGAGUCCUGGUGGCAGGUGAGGGUGGAAGUGAAGGAGGAGAAGGAGAAGGAGAAGGAGACGAAGAAGGAACGCCGUCAGUAUUUCAAGCCCUCCGUUUUAUUCUAUGUUGGGAAGCAGCCUUAUCACGCUCUGAAAGGGGAUAUCAUAUACACUGAAAGACUUAAUCACCCUAAUGUCAAGGACAAGGUGUAUUUUGUUAGGGUUGCCUUCCUUUCACUUGAUAAGCAUCGUUUCAUGAUGCAUCUGAAGACCGGCCAGUUGCUGACAGAUGCAUAUGUUGAGACAGUCUUCGAGGGCCAUAUGCAGCUAUUUGGCAAGGAUCUUACAAAGCUGAGAGUUGUUGAUUUUGGCCUGGGUGAAAGUGAUCGGUUUCAUCUUGUUUAGGGAAGCGGAAAAGGAAUCAAAACCUACAGAGGGAAUGUUGCAGUUUUUGCUUGGGAGUGCUACACCUCUGGUUACCUUCAUAUAUUCUAACUUCUGGAUGUUUUAUACUAAUAGCAUCAUUCUUUCAGUUGGUUUCCUCCCAUAAUGGAUUCAAGUGAUAAUUAAGAAAUUAGUACAUCAUAUAACUUCACAUAUUACAGGUGUGCUAGCCCAACUCAUUCUGCUAUAUUAGUCUUUACCCCCUUUGCCAUGUAAUGGAUUUUUAAUUUAGCUUUGUGUUCAUCAUGUAAAGACACUUUAAAACAGUCUGCAGCAAUUUAUCAAAUAGUUUUCUUGUUAGCCUGA